GAUGGAAAAAAAUGAGGCUGAGAUGUAUGACUACUAACUAGUUGCAGAGUCCGUCUUCUGGCUUCCAGGUUAGUGUGUGUGUGCUCGUUUUUUAACUAUACCAAAUGCAGUCAGGAUUUUUUUUUUUUAAUCUAAUUUUUGCUUGCACAUCAAGAAAGGAUGGUCUUUUUAAUAAAUAUGGGGCACAUGUUCUCAGGACCUCCUGGGGCUGUGUCACAGAAAUAAUAAAUAUUAAAAAUAAAAAUUAUAAUUGUAUUUUCCAUUUCCAGGGUGACAGAGUUACGGGAAACAUAUCUCUAAAUCAUAAUAUCCUCUCAUGUUCUUGACACAUGUAAGAGCAUUAAGAGAUGGACACAUAGGGUAAAUAUUAAUCAGUUUUAGGAUGAGGACAGCAAGAUGAAAUUACUUGUUCGUUAAACUUAUUAAGCUAAUUCUAACAUUACUGCAUGGUUACUGUAUGCCAGUUACUGUUCAGAUGCUUUACCUAUAUUAACUCAUUUAAUCUUCACAGUUAAUGAUGUAUAGAUGCCAUUAUUUAACCUAGUUUUAGGAAUAAGGGAACAGAAAAGCAAAGAGAUGAAGUAGAUUGCUCCAGAGGCUCACACAGUGGCAUUUAGGCAUUCUGACUGGAGCCUAGUCCUUUUAAAAAAUGUAUUGUUAUAUCAGUUACACACAUUUUUGGGGUACAUGUGCUAUUUUGGAACAUGUAUGCAAUACGUAAUGAUCAAAUCAGGGUAAUUGGGAUAUCUGUCACCUCAAACAUUUAUCUUCAGCUCUAAAAGAGUGGUAGAGAGUUGUAGUUGGGUCUUGUGAGUUCAAGUCCAAUGUGUUCUGUACUGUAUUGUCUCUGACCAUGAAAAUAAAUACUGCCUGAUCCCAACAGUGUGGUUAUAUGAACGACCAAGUGAUCAAAAGAUAAACUAUGGAAACAAAGCAGAAGUUAGUCUCCCAAAAAUGAAACCAUAGGAAAAUAGGCCAAAGGUUUUUGUAAUCCACUAGGUUGGUAGAAGGGUUAUGCUAUUGAAGGAUAAUAACACUUCACCUUUUCUUAGUUAUAAAUGAACUUUUCUUAUCCAUCUAGCCCAUUCCUCAGACUCCAUAUUAUCAGAGAGAAAGGAAGAAACAGAAAAGAGGACCCCUUUUUGAGUUUAGCUCUCCUGAACACACACAGGAUGAGUUCAGAAGUUCAUAUGACACAGGGCAUUGAGAGUGAGCUCCUUGCCUGGUUCCUCACCCGAGAAGAGACCGGCCCAGGUCCAUCUCUCCUGAGUAGGAAAGGCUCAGCUUUCUGAAGAGAUUUCUACCUGGGCACAGGCUGCCUUGGGCGCAGGGCCUGGCUGUCUGAGGAUUCAUGAAUAAAAUUUUCCAUCCCAACAUUGAUGAAGCGUCAGGAACUGUGUGUCUAGAUGUAAUUAAUCAAACUUGGACAGCUCUCUAUGAUCUUACCAAUAUAUUUGAGUCCUUCCUGCCCCAGUUGUUGGCCUAUCCUAACCCCAUAGAUCCUCUCAAUGGUGACGCUGCAGCCAUGUACCUCCACCGACCAGAAGAAUACAAGCAGAAAAUUAAAGAGUACAUCCAGAAAUAUGCCACGGAGGAGGCACUGAAAGAACAGGAAGAGGGCACCGGGGACAGCUCAUCGGAGAGCUCUAUGUCUGACUUUUCCGAAGAUGAGGCCCAGGAUAUGGAGUUGUAGUAGAAAAAGCACCUGCUUUUCAGAAAGACUAUUAUUUCCUAACCAUGAGAAGCAGACUAUAAUAUUCAUAUUUAAACAAAGCAAUUUUUUUUAUUACUAAACAAGGUUUUUAUGAAUAAUAGCAUUGAUAUAUAUAUAUUAUAUAUCACCCUUUAGAUCUUGAUUUCUUGGUCAUUUCUCAACCUGAGGUGCAUAGCAUAUUCCCACAUUCCAUUUGGUAGCAAUAUGCGGUCCGAAUGCAUGCAUUCAUGAGUCCAUGUGGCCAAGUCAGCCUGUGUGCUACUGAACUGUCAAAGGAAAUAGCCGCUCUGAUAGGUAGACAUGAGUAAAAAGAACAGGAAAAAAUCGCUUCUUGUAUUGAUGGUUCCAAAGAAACAAACCAAACCAACCAGCUCUUGGAUGUGAAGAUAAAAUAGUGCUUUUUCAAAAUGGAAAGGAAAAACUUGGGGAGGAAGAGGCCUGCUGUGGGGGCAUUAGAGCCAGCCACAUAAGAAUCAGAGCCGCUCCUUCCUGUGAAUCCUAGGUGGCCCUAUGUCUUCUGUGGAGUUACAGUAUAUAAAACAGGGAGUUAAUUAGAGUAUUAAAACGUAAAACCAUUUUUUUGACUCUGAUUUUAAGUACAUUUUUAUAUGUCAGUUCCUGCCCUUCACACUACCAGGCCCUGCAGCCACAGUGUUCUGUUGGAGAAACUUGGAGAAGUAUUUUCUGAACCGGUUCUUUUUCUUGGGGUAGAACUUGUAAUCCAGACCUGUUUUUGAAAGGACAGCACAGGAGGAGAAAAGUGACUGGGACGAUGCUUCCUCUCAUCCAAAACACAUGCAGAGUCACAUCCUCGUCCUAGUGUUUGGCAGUUUGAGACCGCUACCCUGAACUUACGAGCUUUAAAUAAGAGGGUUGUAUUUUCGGGGGGUUAUUUUUUUUUUGGUGUGUGUGUGUGUGUUGUGCUUAGAAAGGUUGCAGAUUUCAUCUUCACCUACCAAGAGGCGGCUGCCUCCUUGGACAAGCCGCUCAUGGACCAUUAGACUUGAGAAGAAGACCCAUGUGGUAAUGCAAAGCCCUGGGUACUUGGGUGUUUUGGUUUGGUUUUCCCUUUUUCUGCUGCUCUUGGCAGCAGCCUGGUCAUCAUCUGCUUGUGGGAGUGGGAAAUGGGUAUUUUAGACCCAACACAGGUUCCAAAUUUAAAACGAAUAAUAAUUGGAACAAAUAAAGGUUUUUGUACCCAGAGUGAUUCUACAUGGGAAAAACAAACCAACUUUUUUCAGAGAGUGACCGAAUAGGAAGAAGGGAUUCAGAAAUACAAUGUUGUAGAACAUGCCUUGCAGGAAGAAAAUGUUUUCUCUCCUGUGUAUGUUAAGAGGAAAUCAGUUUAAAAUGCCUGCUAAUCAAAUGUCGACUCAGCUAACCAUAUGUCCAGGUUGCUGCAGAGUUUCUUUCAAAUCUCAGUGUUGCCUGCUGAACUUGGAGGGGAGUUUGGAGAAAUUUUAGACAGCAGCUCUGUAUUUUUUUGCCGCAGCCAAUAAGAUAAUAGCAGAAUUAGCCAAUCCUAAAACCUUCUAAAGACGAUUUUUGAGCAUCCCACUGGGAUUAUUUAAUUUUUCUUUUUGACGUGUGUUUUUAGUUUAGAAGUGCUGUAUUCCACAAGGUUUAAGUCAGUGAGGUUGGAAGAUACCCUCUCUUUUUUUAUUCAAAAAGCACAAUCAAUCUUUUCUUUGAAAAUCUAUAUAAAGUACAACUUGCUUUUAGCAUGAUUAUUUUCCUAAAUAAAAAGACAAAGAAUUUACUUUACAUUUAUGUUAAUUACGGGCAUGAAGCAAAAGGUUUUCUUUAAAAAAAAAAAAAAAAAAAGUGCAGUGAUGUAGGGCUGUGGUUAGUUAACCGUACUGAGUUAUCCAUCUAGCAUCUGUGGCUUGCUGGAAGGGUAGUAUUAACUAUUUAACAUGUAAUGGUGUACUUCACUCUUACCUAGCACGCUGUCUUCUCAUUGCUUUGGGGGAGGGAGGGUCUCUGCUGGCACUGUCUAACUUGCUUACCUGCUGACUUUGCAGUUUGCUUGUGCUAUGACAUUUAUUGUAGGUGCUAUUUAGGGUAGGCUUAAAGUGCUGGGUGGUGAUUUGAGUUCAAACAAUAAAAAAUUGUAUUUUUUCAAUAUUGUAUAAACAAUAGUGUUCUAAUUACCUUAAAAAAAAUAAUGACCAGUUAAGAAUUGCUUUUGAUCUUGUCAAAAAACCGAGUAGACCCCAGUUUUGGGAAGGUGUGUGAGCAGUGUCAUGGCUCUGCCCCUUACCUAAUCCCACAUCUCUCUAAUGAUAAGACAUUGGCUCACCUCUGACCAGAGCCCCAGCACCAGAGAGCGGAAGGUGCAGAAUUGUCAAAUGACCUACUGGGGGAGGUUGUAGGAGUUAAGCAGAUUUGAGUGUGGCUGCAGAGUGUGUGUGUGUGUGUAUAUGUGUGCACACGUGCGAAGAGAGUGUGAGCGAGAGAGUGUCCAUCUAAGUCUGUAUGAUGAAGGUGGGAUAAGGCUCCUCUCUUAGCGCUGGAAGCUCCUGUAAUUGCCGCAUAGAUCCCACUAUGUCCUCUUGCUCUGUGCAAGUCUGUCCUGUCCGGGCACCAACCUUGGUCCCAUGCAUGUUUACAUUCUGGGUGGGGCUUCGCCUCUCCGCUGGGAAACUGACUUUUGCUGGGUUGAACAGAGUCUCUUCUCAUGCUUUUUGUCCCUUCCCUGCGCCUGGGAGAGGUGUGAGUAGGAACCCAAAACAUACAGGUACAGAAAGAUCUGGAAGAAGGCCUGGCAGUAAAUCUGAGGACUCUGGGCCCCCUACAAUAGAUGGUAGCGUAAGUCUGGAGCAGGGGUGUUUCACCACCAGAUGCCUUUCCAGGCUGCCCUUCCAACACUCAGAAGAGCAUCCAGAUCCCUGGGCAGAGGCUGUACAUUCUUGGCUUUAGAGGUGGUGGCAGCGGCAGCAGGUCAGAGCCACUUCUGGCGGUUUCCCUCCCCUUUUUAGUGCUUUAGUGCCCAUAGUUUUUGGAUCCUCAUGUUUUACCAGCACAAGCCAUUCUUCGCCCCUGUUCGCAUAACUGAGCUCAAGCUCUUGCCAAACACCAACAAGCAAGAUGGUUGCAACCUGGCAACAUUGAAUCCACCGCCCUUAGGCUCCCUCUGGAAGCCCCAGCACCGGGGGCUUAUGGGCACAGGGUCAGUGGUGGCCAUCCUGGACACUGGCAUUUGGCUUUGUCUUCAAUCUCAUCACCCUCCUUGAGGUUACUGUGCAGUUUCAACCAGCAUUUUAUAUUAGUGAGGUCAUUAUCAGGAGUUGCCAUAUCAUCUCUCCAGUACCUAACAUUUCUCAUCCUCUUCAAAAGCUGUUCUGACUGCCAGCUGGCUGAUCUAAGCUCCUGAGGAAUGUCUCCUCUCAAAGGCAUUUUUCCCUCCAAAGGCCCCCAGAAGUCCUAGUUGGCAUUGGCCUGGCACAUGCUUUAUAUUAGGCCUCCCGUUGGGAUGGCUGAGAAUCAUGAAAGACAGAUCCUCUGCUAGCCUCAAUGGGUCGUUUCUAGACACCAAGUCUCUGGGAACUAGUGUUUGAUUUUAAAUGGCAUAUGGCCCAUCCUUGUUUCAGUGACUUAGAAAAGUAAAAGCCACUUACAAAAGUUAGCAAGAUUUUUUAUCGACUUCCCACCUGGGCUCCUAGCCUUGUUGAAUGAAAUCAAAUAUCUCUGAUUGGGCACAACGAACUGCAUUUCUUUGGACUUCCGAAUCCAUGUUUGUGCUUUCUCUGGCCCCUUAACACCUCAGCGAUUCUGUUAGGGAUGGGAUGAGUGGGAGGAAGCCCUUUGAGAAGGGGGAAUCGGCCCUCUGGUGCGCAGGUUUUCCACUCAUCUGAGGAAGGGCCAGGGCUCUGAACUUAGCCAAACACUCAUCUUGGCUGUGGGCUUGGGAAGAAAUGGCCAUUAUUUAUGGAUUGUAUUUGGUACAUAUUGUGUGAUACUUGAAAAGAUAAAAGGGACUGCCAGCCCGUAACUGAAAUCUGAAGCUUUUUAUCGCUUAUUUUUCCUUGCCCUGUCUCCUCCCUUCCACCUUUCUUCUUGCAUUGUGAUGAUCUAGUAGGCAUGUCUGUCAACAGGACACAUGCCUUCUCUGACUAUAACCUCUUAAUAGUUGUGUAUAAUGAAAACUGUAAACUUUUUUAAAUAAACGUGUAUAUACCUUGGCAA